AUGAAGUUUGGUCACGAUUUCAAGGAAUCUCUUCGAGCUCAAGAUUUUCCCGCUCAUUGGGUUGAUCAUGCAAUUCCCUACAGUCAGCUUAAAAAAUGUCUCAAGAAAGUCGCCCGUGAGCUGCAUGAGCUUGGACUUGAUCCUGAGACGUUGCGCGAACUUUUGAACCCCGACGCAACGUCUCCUGUGGCCUUGAAGUAUAAGCUUAACGACGGCAGCGAUUCUCACCUGCGCCCAAAGCUUACCGUUCAGGUCCAUCUACAGGAUGGUGUCCCCAUCGACGCUUCGCUUGCACCAAACUCGCGCGACUUUCUUAAUAAGAUUGCCAUUAAUUUGCCCCAAAAUCAGUGGUCGCACGCGGGACAUACUGCCAAGCCGCAAACCCACGACGAUGUGCAAGGUGUCGCAUCACCCGAUACCGUUGCUGAGACUGCCGUCGCACCCUCUACCGAAACAAUCGAUGCGCUUGCCGACCAAGCUAACGAGAAACUUGUUAUAACGCUGGCCGAUGAGAAGGUCAAUGCCGUCGAAAAAACAGUGGCCGAUGCUGAGCAGCACAACCCUUCCGCCGCGACCCAAAAUCAUGUCUCCAACGAAACCACGCUCAAUCCGUCCCCAGCCGAUGUGACCACAGGAGUCUACGAAAUCAUCGAAGUUCCUCUCACUUUCGAUGCUGAGUUCUUUGAAAUGCUCCAGAGCGACGUGAAUCAUCUGGAUGCUCUACAAACAGAGGAAGAGAAGACCAUGACCUCGGAAAUUGUUGCCCUUGGAAAGGAAGUUGAACAAGUGGUGAAGCCGAAACGUUUCUCCAAGACCGAUCUGGCACGUUGGCGACAAAUCUUCGAGCUUUAUCUGGACGCCGAAAUAUUCUUUGCUACCCACGAGCAGGAUCACGGACAACGCACAAGCCAAAAGGCUCUGAAGCAGCUGCAAUGGUUUCAGGACCAGGUGACCAAGCAGAAUCUGGUUCAGGACUUCAAGCUCCCUGAGAGUAAGGCGGCCUUCACUCGCUUCAUCAACUUGAAUGCGUCUCUUCUCAAGAACAUGCAAUUCCAAGAGCUCAACAAGACAGCUGUUGCCAAAAUCCUCAAGAAAUUCGACAAGCGGACGGCAUUGGGCGUUGCAAGGAAGUUUCCUACCGUCGUUCACUCUGACAAGCUCCUAGCAGGCACUAUCGCCCGGGACGUCUGCGCACAAAUGUCGCAAGAGCUUGUCUCCAAAGUUCCUCAGCUCAAUGAUUACCUUUGUCCAGUCUGUUUCUCGGUGGCAUAUAUGCCAGUCCGUCUAGACUGCCAACAUGUCUUCUGCAUUCGCUGCGUCAUCAAGAUCCAACGUCGAAAGGAGAAGCAUUGCCCGUUGUGUAGAGCAGAUGUCGUUUUGAAGGCUUCGGCCAUGAACCUUGACUACGAACUUCAAAAGUACAUGAAGAAGUACUUUGCAAAAGAAGUAAAAGAAAAAGAGAGGGCAAAUGAGAUUGAGCGGGGUAUUGAGGAUUACGGACCUGGUUAUGUCCACCAGGAAUGUUGCAUAAUGUGA